GCUUAAGGCUGGAUUUCAUUGUAUAUCUCAUUUCAUCCCGACAUGACAUGAUCGCCACCAGAAUUUCAUGGCUUUUCAACGACUACCCCCUGACAAGCUGAACCUAAGCGUGGCUCACGGAGUUUACCUACAGGAUGGCCGAAGGCUCUGUACCAAAUCAAGAAACAGUAGUAAAGACCGAUCCAGUACCUAUAUUUCGAUGUGACAUAUGUCAAGCAACGUAUGCACGCCCGGGCGAUCUCAACCGCCAUUUAAAAAAACAUACACGCCCCUACGAAUGCGAUGAGUGCGGGUCUAGGUUUGGUCUAAGAUCAGACCUCGAUCGGCAUCGAAGAGCCCUUCAUCGCUCAAUAGUCACAAACCGGACAUAUUCAUGUAGUAUGCUUGGCUGCACCAGAUCUUACAUUCGAAAGGACCAUCUUAUUCGGCAUAUGAAAAGUCACCGGAAAGAAACCACUCACGACAAACUUCUUGAUGAAGGUCAUGAUCAUGCCCCUCAUGAAUCUGCUACCUCAUCAAAUACACACUCGGAUUCAUCUGGCCUACUCUGGGCUGUACCUUUCCCAAGGAACCCCUCAUUUGUUGGCCACCAGGAGAUUCUCGACAAACUCCAUCAUUGCCUCGAGACAAAUGAUGUUCACAGAUUUGCUCUUAGUGGCCUUGGAGGGAUAGGCAAGACUCAAAUAGCUCUUGAAUUUGCCCAUCAGAUUAAAGAUAGACGAUCUGUUUUCUGGGUACCUACAUUUAACGUGGACGCCUUGCAACAAGCGUAUACAAUGAUUGCCCAUGAGCUCCAAAUUCCUGAUUCAGAAAAGGAGGAGCACGACAUCAAGCGACUUGUACAAUAUCGCUUGAGUCAGGAAGCUAGCGGCCCAUGGCUGCUUAUUCUUGACAACGCAGAUGAUAUGGACAUGUGGUUUGGUAAUGAUGGGCAAAGAAGAGAUUCACAGACCCUGAUUGAUUAUAUGCCUAAAAGUAGUAAAGGAACUAUUCUCUUAACAACACGAAACAUGAAGGUUGCGGUUAAGUUCGCCGGUACACAUAUUUUUCCAGUGAAAGCGAUGGAUGAUACGUCAGCAACGCAGCUUCUGGACCGAAGUCUAAUCAAUACUUUAGAGGAAAUCAAUAUUUUAGAGGACGAAAACAGAAAGGAACAAAUAAUUCAGCAGCUGGGGUCUCUUCCUCUUGCGCUAGUGCAAGCCGCCGCCUACAUUAACGAAAACGAUAUUCGACUGUCUGAAUAUUUGUCUCUUCUUAAUGAUAAAGAGGCCGUCAUCGAAUUAUUGAGCGAAGACUUUGAAGAUGAAAGGAGAUACCGAGGAACGAAAAACGCAGUAGCCACAACCUGGUUGGUCUCGUUCGACCAGAUUCGAGAUCUCAGCCCGUUGGCCGUAGAUUAUAUGGCUUUCAUUUCUUGUAUUGAUCCUGAUGCAAUCCCCAUCUCUCUCCUACCUCCGGUAGGGUCGAGGAAAAAGGAACUCGAUACAAUUGGAAUACUCACGGCAUACUCUUUUGUUGAAAGGAAUUCCCAUGGCGACCACCUCAGCGUUCACAGAUUAGUACAGCUUGCGAUGCAAAAUUGGCUGAGGAACCAGAAAUUGCUGGCUUUUUGGAUACCAAAAGUUAUCAGCCGCCUCAAUGAGAUCAUGACUAUUGACGAGUAUGGCAGUUUCGAAUCAUGGAGGCGAUACUUCCCACAUGCACGACAUGUCAUUGUGUUAGCUGGACUUCGCCAGUCAGCUGAGAUUAAUAUACAAUUCCUCGAGAAGUACGGUCUAUUUCUAUUAGCCGACGAGGAUUUCAAGGAGGCCGAGAGAACCUUUGAGGUUUUGAUUCAAGAAGCUAAUAUCCAGCUGGGACCAGACCACCAUAUUACGCUAGAUAGCAUCAGCAAUUUGGCGUCGGCUUACAGGGGCCAAGGACGGUUAGCCGAAGCUCUUGCGCUGGAUAUAAAAGUAAUAAACACGAUGAAAACGGUUCUCGGCAUGGAGCACCCUUCCACACUGAACGCCAUGAGCAACCUCGUCUCAAUAUAUCAGAAUCAAGGAAGAUUUGCUGAAGCUGAAGUACUAGAGGUAGAAGCAUUAGAAACAAGCCAGAAGAUUUUUGGCUCAGAUCACCGCUUCACAUUAACCAAAAUGAGCAAUUUAGCGGUCAUAUGGAAGAAACAAGGAAAACUUACAGAUGCUGAAAAGUUAGAGAUGCAGGCAUUGAAGACGAGGCAAAAAGUCCUAGGCUUGAUGCACCCUUCUACAAUGACUAGCAUGAACAACCUCGCCACGAUAUAUCAGGAACAAGGUCUGCUCGCAGAAGCUGAAGAGUUGCAGAGUCAGGUGGUUGAGAGAGCAGAAUCAACACUAGGCCAUCAACAUAGUUUGACACUAAUGAGCAUGAGUGACCUCGCCUUUAUCUACCAAGAACAAGGACGAUUUGAUGAGGCCGAGCACUUAGCAAUGCGAGUGUUACAGGCUAGAAAAAUAACCCUAGGAUCUGAGCAUCCGUCUCUAUUGGUCAAUAUGGACAAUCUAGCUUUUAUAUAUAAGAAGAUGGGGCGGUUUGAAGAAGCUGGCAAGUUAGUGGAAGAGAUUCUUGAGACGAGUAGGAAGGUCCUAGGCCCUGAUCACCCUUAUACAUCAGCUAGUUCGGGAAACCUCGCGUUAAUAUAUCGGAGCCUAGGGCGUCUGAAAGAGGCCGAAGCACUGACGUAUGAAAUUGAUUCAUAUACAAAGACACCUCGUGACGCCGCCUGGAUCAGGCUGGAAGGAGCCAUGGUGGUUGAAGACAAGAUUCAGAAUGAGCUGUUCGCUUAGAUCUGCUAAGGACCACCGACUUUUAGUAGGUAGCGAGAUUUCUUUAGAUACAGCAUUAUAAGUCGUCGAACAACAUAUGAAAUUAAUAUAAUGGAUGUUGUAUUUGGCUUGCAUUUUCAAAUGUCAUACCAAAUAGAAUUUGAAGACUCCAGAACUUGGCAAGUCGAUAUUUCAAACUUGUAUAGCCAGGGACUAAUGCUCCAUACUAGUUGGUUGUGAGUUUCUUUGUCGUAAAAAAAGCGCAGACGAUCAUUAAAGUGUUAUUAUUGGCAGCCGGCGAAAUAGAUGUCAAUGACAGUUGGCGUUCUAACAUUUGA